AUGUCAAGUCCAUCACCGCACGCUUCGGCGAGCCCAAGGAACGAAUCGCAAGAUUCGCCGGCAGCUCCCACAGCCACUGAGCCCGUCGCCGCUACGAUCGAGCCUGCAGCGAUUGACGUCGAUGAUGAAGCAAGCGAAAAUGCGUCCACAAUUGAUGAUCAAAUGUCCUCAUACACAGCCUCGCUCACGUCUUCAGUCGUGGAUUACCCGACAGAGUACGGCCGCCGGUACCAUGCGUUCCGCGCUGGAGGGUCCAUCGAGAUGGGAGACCUGUUCCCGGAAGCCGAGAUCAUCGGCAACGAUCUGAGUGCCAUCCAGCCAAAGUGGGUCCCGCCGAAUGUCAAGUUCGAAAUAGAUGAUGUCGAGAGCGAGUGGGUUGGGCAGAACAAGUACGACUUCAUCUUCAGUCGAUACCUGUCCGGCUCGCUAGCAGACUGGCCAACCUACGUCAACAGGGUAUCUCAAAAUCUCAAUCCUGGCGGUUGGGCCGAAUUUCAGGACUGGAGCUUCAUGCUCCAAAGCGACGACGGCACGCUCAAGGACACCGCCAUCCAGCGCUGGGCUGACACCUUCAUGGACGCAUGCAAGGUAUUCGGACGCGACGCCCAGAUCGGUCCCAAGCUUAAAGACCUGGUACAAGAUAACACCGACCUCAUCAACGUCCACCACGUGCCCUUCAAGAUCCCCAAUGGUCCCUGGCCCAAGGACGUACAUCUCAGGGACCUUGGGAUGUGUAACUUGAUUCAACUGCUCGAAGGGCUUGAGGGAUUCUCGCUCAAGCUGCUCUGUGGAGGUCUUGCAUGGACAAAGGAGGAAGUCCUUGUCCUGUGCUCCCAAGUUCGUGAGGAGCUGAAAUCGGGCAAGGUACAUGCGUGGUAUCAUUAUGACGUUGUUUAUGGACAGAAGCCUGAGAAGGAAGAAUAA